UUUUCAGAAAAAAAAAAUCGCAGGGCAGUUUCUCUGCCCUUUGUCAUCUCGGGUCUCGUUCAUCAGUUCGAGUCCUUUGCUCCGAGAUGCUUGGAUACGCGUUCAGUGCAGGGUGCUUUCUGAUAUGCCUGAGUAGCGUGGAUUCUAUUCUCAUAGAAUUCGUUCCACGAAUUCAACAGCCAGUCAUGGGGUACCAAGAAUUGCAAGCAGAUGACUCUACGUUCACAGAAAAGCCGAUAUUUUUAAAGCUUCUCGGAAGAACUGGAGAGCAUCAUACAAUCGCACUGAUGCCCAACGUGGUCGUUGAUUUGGGCAACCUAUUGGACGGUGUGAACACGAAGCCAUUCUCCCAAAAUCCCGAGUUUCCCUUCACUCUUCCGAAACCUCCGGAAAUAAAGCAGCCCGCAAAGAUGCCGCUUUCUCCACUUCUACCGGAAACCUUCGAUCACAGUCCGAAACUUCCGGUGGAUAAUUCAUUCCCUCUACAAAACCAGUUCGACGAAAUUGCGAAGACGGAAAGUAUGCAGGCACAAAUCCAAACACAACCGAGUUUUCAAAACAAACCUCCAGAAAUGCUUAGAAUCAUCGAUCACCGUCCGGCAAUUCUCGUGGAGGACUCAAUCCCUCGAUCAUACGCGUUCGACAAAAUUGCGACCCAAGCUUGGUCCACUGAGUACACUCUUAAGCCUCAAAACGCGUUCCAACAGCCACAUGUACACGACAAGCAGGACAACCGUCAAGAUCCUCAAUCGCAACGUGAUCAAUCUCCGCAAAUCAAUCAACAACAAAAUAUCCCACAGAAUACACAUCGAAGCAUGGAUCCACAAAUCAGAAAAAAUAUCAUCCCCACGGUAACCCAUCUUUCAUUCUCAAUCGGAGCAGAUGAAAGCGGUAGCAACCCACCAACAUCACGAACCGUGUAUGGAAAUUUCAAAGAAGAAGUCGCUCCCUACGCAACGAAAAAUUACCCGCCGACGACGCAGAUUUUCUCCAGAGAUUUCAGGGAGGAAAUCCCUUCCAACACAAUGAAGAAUUACCCACCAGAGACGUCAACUUGGCUUAGUGCAAGAAACGUCCCAGUGGAAGUAUUCACACCGGAGAAGACGAAAGUGAACGAACCAGUAAUUAUCCCAACUCUUAAAACACAACAACAGAAUUUCGUACUCAUCCCGCAGCUCGUUUGGAAUCACGAACACGAAAGGAUACCAACAAAAGAAAUACCCGUGACAAACAGAACAACAGAAGCAAUGAGCAAAAGACCGCCGAUGUUGUCAACUUCAUCGCAAUUACACAACCAAAUGAACAUCACAGAAAUGCAUAAGUUGGCACAAUUGCACACCUUGCAGGCAGAGGCUGGCAAACGCAAUGAAUUAUUCAGGAUGUCAGAAGGGGCAGAAGGAAGCAAAAAACUGCAAACUGUGUUUUCAACGACUGAGGGGUCCACAACGCGAAUAACGAGGCCAACGGAAGGCAAAUCCCAGGGAUGGCAGCAAACUUUUUCGGUUACAGAACGGAGCGCAGAAGCAACAAUAACGUAUUCGGGGAACUUGAAGAAUGGAACGAAGUUACUCAAUGAAUCUAAGGUGAAGGCCGUCGCUCCGGUUGAGAGAAUCGGAUUCAGUCCACAGUCACGACUGCCAGAAGUCAGGACAACGACGACAAUCCCUGACCCAAUCUCGACAUGGAGAGACAUAAACAAUGACUUCAAAGAACCAGUGUUUCAGAAGGUACUAAAUAACCAAAUGGAGACCACUACGACUAAAACCAAGAACCCUUCGACCAGAGGCAACAUGUCUUCUGAGACAACCAAACCAAACGAAUAUUCAUGGUAUAGGAUCAAAAAGACGGCUGGAAGAUCCCCUAGAUCGACGUUUGAAACGAAAACUGCAGAACAAAGCAAGUUGAACAAGGAGAACGUUAGAGAACUGCUAAUUCGAGUUAUUCAACAUGGACUUGACUUUAAAUCCGAACUGGAAAAUGCCGCCCGGCGAAACGCCACAUCGCAAAGAACGACAAUUCAAUCGACCACGAAAGUUUACAGCGUAGAACGGCUAAAGCCGGAGCAAGUGAAGACAAAGCAGCAAAAGGCGCUAAAAAACGCAAAAUCCGGGAAUAUUUGGCCGCUUCGAAACAGGAAAAAGUUUGAUAAAACCAUUAACAAGAAAAAACUAGGAAAUUUCGCUUGAACUGUGAGAAGUGGAAGAGAAGGUUAUUCUUCCGUAGCUAAAAUACAAAAUAUCCCGCUCAUUGAAGACUAUUUCGGAUACAGUUCAGCAGGAGAGGAAUAUUUUCAAGGGAAGAGGCAAUUCACAUCACCUCGGAAAAUGUAUAGGAAAACGUAGAACCGAAUAAAAAAAAAUGUUAAUGCGAGGAUUCUGGCUCACGUUGAGCAGUUUUUGAAGAUGACAUUUCCGAAAUAAGAAUUUGAAUAAUUACGGUCGCAAACGAGCGGGCUCACAAACUUUUUCUCCGAUUCUUUAGACGGGUUCAGAAUCUAUCAAAAAGCCUCUGGGAACAAGGGACCGUCAAAUUCGUCGCGCGCUUCCGAUUUCUGCUGAAUAAAAACGUUUAAAAUGAAUA